AAUCGAGUACACACGCAACUUUGUCGGGCUCGGGGUUGCGAAGCGUAAUACCGAGGAAUGGACAAGGCUGAAAACCUCUGGAGACUGAAGAGAACCCGCCAGCGGUAUGAAUCAAUCAGUGAAUCCCCACCUAAGAACCCGAAACGAGGAAGCGACGGGCGAGUGCUUUUUACCGGCGGAGGCAUCCAGGAGAUGAUGCAGGCGACUUUGUCCGAGAUUACUAAUACCGUGGCAACCGUGAAGGAACAAUUACCACGAGAGUAUGCACAUCAGCCUCUCGAGUGGUUGACCACUGAAUCACAGUCCGAAAGCAGAGAGGUCCGGCCUCACAGCUCACGGUCUACGAGGAGAAACCCUAACCCAUCGACAGUUAGCAAGAGUCCUGAUAAGGAUGACAACAAUGCAAAUACUCGGGCGGUACGAGAGGAAUCGACUGUGGCGUCCGGCUCAGAGUUGAAGCCCGUUGUCGUCAGUCAGAGUCGCCUGGCUACGGAGAACGGAAACGACGGUUCGGAAGAACAUUUUCCCCGCAAAAAUGGCGCUAAUGCAUUGGGGACACGUUCGCACAAGACAUCAGCGAAUGGGCAAAUGACUAUGCAAGAAGACUGCACAAGACCCCAUUCAGAUGAGCAGGUUGCCCCUUCGAGGAAAAGUUCUGGUGAACAAACCCGACUGAAAGAGCGCCUUCACCAUUUGCGUUCUCGAUGGCGAGCUGCGCAGCGAAUUCUGGACGAGAUUGGCGCUCGGUUAAACGGCGGGACUGCUGAUCCAAGUGAACAGAUAGAUAAUCCCGCCGUUCAAGCUUACAGAGAACAGCGUUGGGGUGAUGCGCAGCACAAAAAGAGGGCACUUUCCGAGUCUGCACCAUCCGUGCCUGCCCGGACUCGCGGACCACCGCGAUCACGCUCCAAGCCCGACAGCCCGGUGGAAGAAAAUCCUGGAACUCCUACACUCUUCGACGGGAUGUUCAAGAGGCCACAACCGGUGUCCAGGAGGCCUCGAGGAGCUCAGUCGCAGCGUCACGAUACAAGGACCAAGCCUCGGAGCUCUGUAGUCGCAACGAGCACUGCGGACACAUUGGAGCGUAUCUCGAGGGCUGGCAAGCAAUCGCCACCAGCACCGGUGACCUCCGUCUCGCACUACCUGACCGGGUUCUCAGAGUUUCUGCACGAGAAGGCCCCUUCCGUCUUUCCACAUUGGCGAAGCUUCGAGCGUCUCGUACUGGACGUUCGUCGAGCUAUCCACGAAAAGCCUGCGGCGGAGCUGGACUCGUGGUGUUCUCACAGCGAGCGACAGCCCUGCUGGCUCCUGUCCUUCGAGGACACGUUAGCCAGAUUUGUACUUUUAUACGACAUCGAGAUGGCGGUUAUUCAUCCUGGAUCUUUUUCGAUGCAUCACGUCGACAGAGAUUUUCUCAAGAGAGCCAAUGCAGAGGCAAUCCGUGACAGAGCGCGUGAAAUGGGCAUAGAGCCCGAGCAGUUCCUCUACGAGCGAGAAUGUCUUAUCACGUGGCUUCUGCGAGCGCACCGGUGCAUUCUACGAGUGCGUCUGGACCUCACCGAGGUGGCGCAGUCUCCUGGCGAGUUCUGUCGGGGAUAUCGCCUCCACAAAGACUACAAGAUUCUCGAACUGGGAGUCAGUGGGAAAACCCUGCUUAGAGGGCGCCACCUCUUUCUGUUUCUCGGUCACGUGACUCAGCUCACCGAACUGUCGCUCUUCGGACUGUACCUGACGCACCCAGACGACGAUUGCCGCCUCGCCGCGCUAGUCGCAAGCAACGUGUUCCUGAGGAAGCUCACGCUAAAGAUGUGCCAUAUCGCCGACAGAAACUUGGAAGGCCUUAUUGAUGCUGUUAAGGGUCUGCCGCUCCUCGAGUGCGUCUCCAUCUCUGUGCUCGAUCCCGAAUCGUGCUUCGAGCGAAGCCAGCAACUGUCCCAACUCCUGGUCGGACCCGGGUGUAGAAGUCUGCAACAGGCUCAUUUUGAUGUUCCAUGCGAUUUGGGACCGAUCUUGGAACGAUUGGGUGAAAAUGAACAAGUCGUCGAAGUCUAUAUCAAUCAGCAGCUUACUACUCCUUCGGAGCUCAUGAAACUCUGUGACCUAGUCAACGCAAACACUCAUCUUAAGCACCUUUCUCUACCUAUCAACAUGGACUCGACUCUUCCUAGACGCUAUUAUAAGUUCGUAUUAAGCAAGUUUGUAGAAAAAGCCCGAAUGGAAGUAUUAAAUCUGCAGAAUUCGUUCAUCACAACACGAGGCAUUAAAGCCAUAGCGGAAGGCCUGAAGAGAAAUGGCGCUAAGGAGGCUUCAGAACCCACUUCGGCAAUACAGACCACUGAAAGCGACGUUGGUCGACAGCGGUAUCUUAAGGCACUAUAUAUCAGAGGCGACCUUACUUGCGAGCACCUUGGUAUUCUUGUGGACGCACUGGACGCCAACAGGACCCUCGAAGUUCUUGAUGUUGGUCGAGUACUGCCUUCGCCAUCAAUGAGUCACGCCGACGUGACGAGGAAGAUUGUCGACCAAGCCUUUCGACAGGGUCAGUGCUCGACGAGAUCCCAGAGAAGCCCCGUCGCCACAGUACGCGUUAACAAAGUGUACUUCGGCGAAGACUUACAUCUUCUUAUCAUUGCCGUCCGCAACGAUGUGACAUUCCACAAGUUGAAUCUCUUGUUUGGCGAUUCUCCUACAGAAAUGCUCAAAAGUCACUCGUUUGACUUCAGCCAGCUUCUAGCACUGUUACCCUUCUUCGCAGUAGCAGAGACGCUGGAGACAUUGGAAAUUCAAGUGUCUGUGCCCGGGACAUAUGACGUCGCUUUUAUGGGGGUCUCUCUUCUCGCCGCCACGAGCAACAGCCUGACUGAACUCAACGUAACUUUGGCGGACUCAUGCUGCGAGUUCGUCUCCAUCCUGUUGCUCCACGGGCUUGCCUCCAGUAUCUCGAUUCGCUCGCUCACCAUGAGUGGAUGGUCACUGAAGCGUCCGGUGCCGUUCUGGUUCUUCCGCUUCUGCCGCAUGAACGAAAGCCUGCGUAAGCUUCACAUUCAUAUCACCAACCUGGAAGCCGACGACAACACCACAUUCUACGAAGACCUGCCCGACGCUCUCGCGAAGUGCCGCUGGCUCGUGGAUUUCAGGCUCACGUGCGGCAAGUUGCGUGAGCCAAUAUUCAUUCCCGAAGUGCUAUCCAUUAUUCGCAGAAACAAGCGAGUACAAAAAUGGCCAGUUAAACUGGUCGCGACCGCUGAAGGCGACCCACAAAAAGUCGUGAAGCAUUUCGACAAAAAUCUCACACUCGACAAGAGCGUCAGACUCCGGCGUUCCAUGGAUGUUCCUGAUUUCAAGCAACACGUUUUCGAACGUUUCAUGUAUUCCACGGAUGUGAUUGACCGAGCUAUAGAAACGAUCAAAAAUUUGGUUUCUAGUACUUUGGGCCAUCGGGCGAAAGUUCACCGCAGGGCCACUACACCGGGUCCUGGUUCGAAUGUCAGGGACGAAGCCCGGACUGGCCUCAUGGACGAAGCCACUCAGGAACGCCUUUUCAGAAACUUGCACGUUCGUGACCUUCGUGGUGUGAAUUUUGAUUUGAAUGUCGAUCAUUACAUGAUGCGAAUUUCAAUGGUGAGUCACAUGAUGAGAACGGUUUACAACGAACAGCAGAAACGCUACGAAGACACGCUAGGCAAGCUCCAUCAAUGA